UAUCUUACUUCUUAUUCCAGACACAUCCUCAUUUUCUCUCUCUUUCUCAACAAGAAAAAAAGGAAGGAUGAUUGAGGUAGUGUUGAACGACAGAUUAGGGAAGAAAGUACGCGUAAAAUGCAACGAAGAUGACACCAUUGGCGACCUAAAGAAGCUUGUUGCUGCUCAAACUGGUACUCGUUCUGAUAAAAUUCGAAUUCAAAAGUGGUACAACAUUUACAAGGAUCACAUCACUCUUCGAGACUACGAGAUUCAUGAUGGCAUGGGCCUCGAACUUUACUACAAUUGAGCUUACGGAGCUGCUAAGCAUGGACGUACAGCUUUACUAAUUGUUGUGUGAGCAAAUAAAUUGCCAAACCUUUUACGACUGAAAUGUGUUUUAAGACUUGUGAUUGUCUAAAUCAUGUAAUGUAAUCAUUCUGUGCUCGCUACUAUAGCUUUUUUUUUUUUGCUUUCCACUCUAAUAAGGAGUAUACUUGCUUAUAUACAAGAUAUAUUGAUGCUGUGAAUUUUAUUUCUGUAACCUAUGUCAAUUGCUGUUA